UCGCACUGCAUUUUUGUGCACUGCAUGCAUGCUCCAUCCAUCGCGUCGGAGUUAACCACCUACGCGUUAUACUGACUUGUCGCCCUCCUCUAGCUGCACGUAGCGUUGCCGGUGGUUAUACCUCUGUACUUUUGUUCUAACUAACGUUAGUUGUGAAUAUUACAAUCAACCCAAAAUGCCGGAGAAGAAACCAUUUGAGCGAUUGCCAAAGACGGUUGUGCCCUCGAACUACAAGCUAAAACUUGCGCCCGAUCUCAAGCAAUUCACGUUCGCUGGAGAUGUGGCUGUGGCCGUUUUGGUGAAUGAGGCAACACCGAAGAUAGUGCUCAACUGUGUUGACAUCAAGAUCUCCAAGGCAUCAUUUGUUUCUGGUGGAAAGGAUGUCUCAACUAGUGAUAUCAGCUACAGUCCUGAGAAUGAGACUGCCACCCUGACAUUCCCAAACCCUUUGGAGACAGGCAAGGGGGAGUUGCGUCUUGAGUUCACUGGGGAACUGAAUGAUAAGAUGAAGGGUUUCUACCGAGGCAAGUACACCACACCGGAGGGAGAGGAACGCUUCUGUGCUGUGACUCAGUUUGAGGCCACUGAUGCAAGAAGAGCAUUUCCGUGCUGGGAUGAGCCAGCGAUUAAGGCCACCUUUGAUGUGACUUUGGUGGCACCAGCUGAUCGAGUGGCAUUGUCCAAUAUGAAUGUAGUAAGCGACCAGCCCAGCCCAGAUGACCCCAAACUCAAGGUGGUGACCUUUGGCCAGACACCUGUCAUGUCCACCUACCUGCUGGCCUUUGUGGUGGGUGAGUUUGACUACGUUGAGGGCACCUCGCUGGAUGGUGUCUGUGUCAGGGUUUACACCCCUCUCUCCAAAAAGGAGCAAGGGCAGUUUGCUCUUGAGGUUGCAGUGAAGACAUUGCCCUUCUACAAGGAAUACUUCAAUGUGGCUUAUCCUCUCCCCAAGAUUGAUCUGAUCGCCAUUCCAGACUUUGCUGCCGGGGCCAUGGAGAACUGGGGUCUUGUUACUUACAGAGAAAGUGCUCUUCUGGUGGAUCCAAAGAACUCAUCAGCAUCAGGCAAACAGUGGGUGGCAUUAGUUGUGGGCCAUGAGCUUGCACACCAGUGGUUUGGCAACCUUGUCACCAUGGAGUGGUGGACCCAUCUCUGGCUGAACGAGGGCUUUGCAUCGUGGAUCGAAUACCUGUGCGUGGACCACUGCUUCCCAGAAUACGAAAUCUGGACGCAAUUCAUCACUACAGAUUACACCCGUGCACUGGGGUUGGAUGCACUGAAGAGUAGCCACCCUAUUGAGGUGCCCGUCGGCCACCCAGAUGAAAUUGAUGAGAUUUUUGAUCUGAUCUCCUACUCCAAGGGCAGUUCCAUCAUCCGGAUGCUGCAUGACUACAUUGGCGAUGAGACUUUCAGAAAGGGUAUGAACGUGUACCUGACACGUUUCAAGUACUCCAACACCUUCACUGAGGACUUAUGGGAAGCCUUGGGGGAGGCCAGCGGCAAAUGCAUCAAGGAGCUGAUGAGUACCUGGACUCUACAGAUGGGAUUCCCUGUGUUGAAGGUGUCCUCUGAGCAGCAGGGGACAUCCAGAGUGCUGUCUAUCUCGCAGAGCAAAUUCUGCGCUGAUGGACCCAUUGAAGGUGAGAGUCCUCAGUGGAAGGUCCCCAUAAACAUUGCCACCAGUGGCAAUCCCACCAAGUCAGCACACACGGUCCUACUGGAGAAACCUAGCAUUACUGUUACCCUGGAGAACGUUCAACCAGACCAGUGGGUCAAGUUGAAUCCUGGAACAGUUGGGUUUUACCGUGUGCACUAUUCCAGUGAGAUGCUGGAUGCCUUACUACCAGGAAUCAGAGAUGGUUCCAUGCCUCCGCGCGACAGACUAGGCCUGGAGAGUGACCUCUUUGCAUUGGCCAAGGCAGGUCAGGCCAACACUGUGGACGUCCUGAAGGUCAUAGAGGCCUUCUCCAACGAGACCAACUACACUGUCUGGACUGAGCUGGCCACCAACCUGGGAGCUCUGGCUAAACUGCUGACCAACACUGACUUUGGCCACCUGCUGAAGGAGUUCACUAAGACCUUGUUCAAAAAUGGCUACGAGAAGCUUGGAUGGACACCCAAGGAUGAUGAAGGGCAUCUUGACUCCAUGUUGCGGAGCCUGACCAUCCGAGUAAUGGGUCGUAAUGGGCAUGCUCAUGCUGUGGAAGAGGCCCACAAACGCUUCAAGAAUCACUGCUCGGGUGUGGAGCUGAUACCAGCUGACCUGCGGGCUCCAGUUUAUCUCACAGCAUUGUCUCAUGGCGAUCAGACAACAUUUGAUGAAAUUCUGAAGCUUUUCAGGGCUCAGGAUCUCCAGGAGGAAAAGGAUCGUAUCUUGAGGACUCUAGGAUCCAUCAAGGACCCAAGCUUGAUGCAGAAAGUCUUAGAUUUCGCACUCACGGAAGAAGUUCGUGCCCAGGACACUGUGUUUGUGAUUGGUGGGCUGACGGGUACCAAGGAAGGCCAGCAGCUAGCAUGGACGUUCUUGCAGCAAAAAUGGACGGAGCUGAUAACACGCUACUCUGGUGGCUUCCUGCUGUCUAGGCUGGUGCAGUACUGCACUGAAGGCUUUGCCUCCGAGGAAAAAGCCCAAGAGGUGGAGGCUUUCUUCAAGACUCACGAGGCUCCAUCUGCCGAGAGGACAGUCAAGCAGUCAGCAGAGAACAUCCGUCUGAGUGCAAGAUGGCUGGCCCGGGAUGCCUCCAACAUCGAGGCUUGGCUCAAGACCAAAUCACAGCUGUAGAGUAGGGUUUGAAUCAAGUGUGGCUUUUUGAGUUGGGGGGGGGGUCCUUCUCUGCAGCAAUUUUUGGGUGUAAUUCUGUAAAGAUAGUGCAAACUUUUGUAAUCACAGUGAAAAAGCUGAGUGAGUAAUUUUGUCAGAACGUCGGUGGUGAACCAAAUAUGUGGUGUCUAAUGCUUAAGAAAAAAAUUCAGUUGAAAACCAAACUUCGGUAGACGGCUCUGAGGAUGAUGUUUGGCAACAAACAAUGAUGAACAUUGCUUCGCUUUUUGCAAAUGUUGCCAAGGUUUGCUUGCGUUGCAUUGACUUGGCAAUGAAUGUAGUUUUCAAUGUAACACAGAUGUGACACAAAUAUCAUGUUUGACAUACCAUUGCAACUGGAAUAGCUAUUAAAGCAACUAUACUAAAGUUUGUCAAAUCCAAAGAGCAUAGUGGAUUUAAAAACCAUAUUUUCAAGAAUAUUAAGACUUUCAUUUUAAGUAUGCAAUUGUAUUCUAGACUUAAAGUCUUGAAAAAUAAUUGAAAUGAAAUUGUUCUUGAUUGCAACACAAAGUCCAAAACAUAUACAUGUAUAUCAAAAUUGACAAACGACAAACAAAAUUAUUUUCAAUCAGAAAUGCUAAACCAGAUUAUUGCUUGCAUUUUUAGUUCAUUAAAAAUUGAUGAGAAAUUGUUGAAUCAAAGAGAGAUGUUUCUGGAAUAUGGCAGCAGAAUGAUAUGGGAUGAUCACUUUAUGCAAGACUUGUGUGCCUUUUGAUUUGCAGUUUAUUCUGCAGUUUAUUUUCUUUUGUCAGAAUGAAAACAUGCGAACGGUUCCAAGUAUUUCCAUAGUAACCAGCAUUGAAUUGUAUUGGAAAACCAGGCCUGCCAAUGAGGUCAUUAUAAUUGUGGUCCUCAAAAGAUGUCCUUGGUGUAGAACACCACUACAGUGAUGCAAAAUUCUUCUGAUUAUGUAACAGCUUUGAUUGUUGGUGAUUUUUUUUUCAUCAGAAAAUUCAACUUUGUAGCAAAGCUACUGCAAAUAAAUACAUAGAAAUGGUCAUUCUCUAAACUUUCCAAAUUCCAUUAACAUGAUUAAUACCAUAUCUAAUUUGACCUCUCUAUGAAUCAGAAACGAAAAUGGGUAGUGUUUAAUCUGGUGUAAUAAAUUACCAACCAAAUACAAAAAUUAAUUAAAGCAUUCCAAGUUUGGCACUUAAAGAUGCAUUCCCCUGUGGUAUAAGCGAGUUUUACCUCAAAAAAUAUUUGUCUUUAUUUCAGUUUCUAUUUUGCUAGAAAUGUAAAAGUUAUUCACUUUUGAAUGAAACAUUGGACAAAAAAAUUCACCAACGUUUACUUAUUGAAUUAUGUCUGCACAAAAUUGGAAUGAUUGCAUGGCUGCCAAACAAUACUUGGGCUGUCGAGGGCGGAAUCAAAAUGAAAGCCCUCUUUGAGAGGGUUGCAGACGUCUGAUAUCAGAACAUACAAAUUUAAAAUUUGUGAGGAGAAAAAUCCAAGAGCACAGGGUAUGCAUCUUUAAGUGCUUUGAUUAGUGAGUAUCUAUCUGAAUAAAAUACUUCACCAAUGAUUAAACAUAAUGUGU